GCGAGAAGCGAUAUUCUACUCUGUUGGCGUGGAAGCUGAGGAAAAAUUCCGAUAAGGCGGCGAUGCCGAGGCGGGGCGGCGGCGGCGGGGUCCGGCGGGAGUCGCUGCUGACGAGGGCGGUGGGCGCGGUGUUCGCCUUCGUCCGCUUGGCCGAAUUCGAGAUCCUCUUCUUCCUCUUCUUCUUCAUCGCCUUCCUCAUUUUUAAAGAUCUGACAUCACGGCCUGAAUACAAUCAGAUCUUGGUGAAAAAGCCAGGUAAUCGUGACUACUGGCCUUAUUAGGGGGACAGGGGCUGCUACAGGUUGAUGAUAGAAUCAGGGCAAGAAUCUGAAGCUGAUGCAUGACUUCCUCACAGGAUGCUGUUUCUUGCGUCUGUAUGUCACCUUAAAUUAGUGUUAUCAGAGAGUGGAAAUUUUGUAAGACAUCUUCAUAUUUAAAGAACCUUUCCUCUCUGCUUCAUCUAAA